ACUAUCAGUCUCAGCCCUCAGGUCUCAGUGUCUCUCAGUGUUGAAUAGUCUGUUAAGACAGCAGGUACAGCUAUUUAAGACAUUCAAUACAGACACAGUAAAUUAUUUUUUCAUAAAAUAAAUUCAAUAAAAAGUGAGUGUUAAGACAGUACAGCAUUUAGUACUUAAAAGUACAAUAUGAUCGCGGUAUUAGAAGUGUAUAUCAAGGACUUUUAAUUAUAUUUCAGAGAGGAAAACAUAAAAUAUGGAGAACAUUCAAGAAACAGAAAAUGCAGUGAAUGCAGUUAUAGCCCAAUCUACAUUCUCCAACACCUGUGGCAACAAUCGAUCAAUAACGAGUAUAUGCAAUGCCAGAAUAAUGGCUUCCGCACAUUCGCGUUCAAACAGCUAUACGAACAGCCAGUCAAGGAGAAGCUACAAAACUUGUAUAUUAAACAGGCAGGAGUAUACGGAAAAUAAUGUCAAAAUUUCUGAUUCCGGUUAUUCUAACAGCUGUAGCAACAGCCAGUCUAGAAGGAGUUAUAGCUCAAAAUCUAUGCAUUCUGGUAGCUUAUCGAGUGGGAGCAGUGGAUAUGGUGGCAAGCCGUCCACUUCUAGUUAUAGCCAUGCUAUUCAACUAUCCGAAAAGAGGAUGAAAGAUAGAGAAGUGAAGAAAAAAAAGAAGAUGCAAAUAGUAUCAAAAAUGAAAAAAGACAAAUAUGUUGUUGUUCAAAGCCUACCUCAACUGGAACCCGUUCAGGAGAUUACCACAGAAUAUGGCAACAAUGCUAUCCUGUCGCCGCCGCCUCUUCUUGAAUUAGAAGAGAAAACGAUUAUUAUGGACAUUUCAACUUCGCUCAAGUGCAACGUCAAGACAGAGUGUGGCCCAUCCAACUCAACGCUUGUCACAACACUGAAUUGCGUCACUCGUACAGAACGUCGCUUGGAGGGAUUUUCGUGUGUUAUAUCGAUGCACGAUGGUACCGUAAUGUACACGACUACAUCUAUAACGGCAGCUCUCGGUUUUCCCAAAGACAUGUGGGUUGGCAGAUCGUUCAUCGACUUUGUGCACCCACGAGAUCGCAAUACAUUCGCAUCUCAGAUAACAAAUGGCUUGACAGUUCCAAAAAAUGCAAACGGUAUGCAAAUAAAAGUUGCAACUCAAUCAGGAACAGGCAAUCAAACAUCGACGAUGGUUUGUCGUAUAAGAAGAUACAGAGGACUUCAGACAGGAUUUAGAAUUAAAGAGAAAAUCCUAACAUACAUGCCCUUUUUACUGAAAUUUUUCUUUAAAAAUGUAGUACAUGACGAGAGUCACGUUGUAUACCUAGUCAUACAGGCUACUCCUUAUUAUUCCGCAUUUAAAACGCCGAAUGAAGUCAUUGUCAACGCAAAACCAUUCGUUAUAAGACAUUCGGCAAGCGGAAGUCUAGAAUUUAUAGACACUGAAUCGGUACCCUACCUGGGAUACUUGCCUCAGGAUAUUCUUAAAAAGAAUGCUUUGCAACUUUAUCAUCCUGCAGAUCUUGGAUAUGUACGUCAAAUAUAUGAGUCCAUUGUAAAGGAAGGCGUAGUGGAGCGGUCAAAGCCUUACAGGGUAUUAACUCAAAAUGGAGAUUAUUUAAAAUUGGUUACUGAAUGGUCCUCCUUCAUUAACCCAUGGUCUAGGAAACUCGAAUUUGUUACAGCCAAACAUUUUAUAAUAGAGGGUCCAAGGAAUCCGGACGUCUUCCAGGCAUUCGAAUCAGAAAGGGCUGAAAAAUUUUCAGAAGAAAUCCACCAGAAAGCUCAUAUUUUGAGACAAAAUAUAAUUCGUGUCAUGAAUGAGGUUCUUACUAAACCCGCGGAAGCUGCAAAACAGCAAAUGGGGAAAAGGUGUCAGGAUUUAGCGUCGUUUAUGGAGAGCCUGCUGGAAGAUACCCCGACUGAAACUAAUGACACCGAUAUGAAAGUAGAAAUACAUGAUACUGACAUGAACAGUUUCUACGAUCGAGAUUCGAUGAUAGUCGGCGGCAUGUCGCCGCAUCACGAUUUCAGUGACAUCAAGUCUAGCACAGAGGCACAUGUUAGCUACAAUCAGCUCAAUUAUAACGAAAAUCUUCAGAGGUAUUUUGAUUGCUAUGAACCUUAUGAAGAUGUGAGUGAAAAAAAUCUAUCAAUAAAAGAUGCUGGUGAAAAUAACAGUAUUUGCAUGUCACUGAUAGAAGAAGUACCUGAGGGGUACGAUGAGGGAAACUUGUAUGGGGCGAGUUCGCUAAUCAUGUCACAAUACAUGCAUCCCUUAGGCGACUAUAAAACAUUCCGAUUGACUGAAUCAGUGCUCAGCAAACAUAACGCAGACAUGGAAAAAGAAUUGGUCAAACGGCACCGCGACAACCGAAUUUGUAGCAAAUUCGAGAGAGAUAUAUUGUCAAGUGAAAUGAAACAGAAGAAAAAAGAACAUUUGGCGAGAUGUAACGCCUUCAUACAACAAUCGAUCCUCGAAAAUGCAGAACAAAAGCCACAGGGUGUAAAGCGUACAUCGAGGCAGAAAGAAGAAGGAAGUGCUCAAAAGCACAGAUGUUCAUCUGCAAGAUUAAAACGACAGAAGCAGAUAGUGAGAGCCGCUAAUUCACAGUCUAACUCUACAAUGGGAGUCAUUCCGAUGUUAUAUACUCCAGCGCCAUUUCACCAUCCUUCUAUGGCGCCACCAGAAUACCUUUUCAACCGGACUUCAUCUCAUAUGCAAGGACAUUCAAGUCGAAUGGGUCCACAUGCUAUGAUGGGUUCUCAUUACCAAGGUCAUAGAAAUGAACCUGAGGUGCUAUAUAAACUAAACCCUACAUGUUCCACAUCACACCGACCGAGUCCUUAUCUAUCAGCUCCGUAUCAAGCACAGCAAAUGCCUUAUUUGAUGUUUGGACAGGCUGUCUAUGCAUCGCCUUUCAUGUAUUCGUCCAUCGAUCCUCAAAUUUCAUAUACCCUGCAACAAAGCUUCGUUCCACAAAAUGUUCCGAGCAUGUAUUCUUUGGAAAUUUCAAAUAAAAAUUAUGAAGAGGCAUGUAAAAUGACAGUUCUACCGAAGACUAACAAAUCAUUCAGUUACCUCACAAGGAAGAGGGAGAAGGUGAUAGAAAAACAAUUACAUCAAUCAAGUGACGUCAGUAACUCAUCGAGCGACACCUCGUAUCGGAACAAACGAUCAUUAAUGGAAAAUCGUAAUAAGAGGAAGCUACGAUUAACAAACAGUGAAGAUUCGAAGACAGAUGAGGAAUCAAGCUACUCUUCAUUUUAUUCUUCGUUUUUCAAGACCGAUUCAGGUAGUAACGGGGAAAGCGACGGGAAAAUCUCUAAUGAUAGAAAAAGUUGGCAAAAACAAAAUGGCAGCGGAGAUGCAAUAUCGUUUCAGAGUUUUAAAGUAUUAAAUGGUGAAACAAAGAAAAAGAGCUUAAGAAGCAAUAUUGAACCGCCAUGGACGAAGCAAGUACGUGUUACAUCUGAACUAAUUUAUAAAUAUCAAAUAUGCACGAAGGAUAUGGAUGAAGUUCUGAGAUGUGACAAGGAAAAAUUGGAAAAGCUAGAACAACCUGCAUUGGUAAACGAACAACUCGGCCAAUUAUAUUUGGAUCUCCAGCUACAAGGAGUAGCUGCUAAAUUGACUCUUGAAGAAGGCAUCACUAGUUCCAGCAGUUCUGGUGAAGAAUCGUAUGUAACAACAAAAACAAAGAUUCGCCGAAGAAAGCGUGAGUUUAGCAAAUUGGUGAUGAUUUAUGAAGAAGACGCGCCCCUCCCGCCGCCGGACGAAGAAGACGCUUGAAAAUAUAUGUCAUUGUUAAAUGGCUAAAGCACAAUUUUCAUGCCAAAGUUGUAUUGCAUGAACGUGUUUUUGUUUGAUUUAGUGAUCAUAUUUUUAAUAUUGAUGUCGAUAUUCGUGUAUAUCAUUUAAUGUAGCUGUAGUUUCGAUUUUACUCUGUUCGAUUUUUAACAUAUGCGCUUAUAGAAUUACUAACAAUCCCUGCCGUUGGAGUGUUUGAUCACCUGGGAUACGUAGGAUGUUUGUACAUCACUCUUAUUUAUAAGAACACGAAAGUCACGUGAAUAUGAUAAAUUUAAAGCGCGUGAGACUGAAACGCGUUAUAUAACAAAAUACAAUUUAUUAAAACUAUCUUCGAAGCGCGUUGCGUUUUCUGAUAUAAGCAUUAUAUGUAUUGGCUUAGAUUUUUUUUUUAAUAAGGCAUUACAAAAAAAUCGCAGCUUCCUUUAUUAGAUGUAUAUUUAUUGAAAUUGAUUUUAAUUUUUCACACUAAUCUAUAAUUAUAUUAUUCCAAUAUCGUACAUAAGUGUAAGUUUCGUCACAAAGUGUUGUAUACGCUUAGUUGUUUUUUAUUUUUAAAUUUUUUAUUAUUUUUAUUGUUUUAAUAGUUCAUUUGCUAUUAUUGCUUAGUCUGUAUUUUUUAUCUCUAUUCAUAAAAUAUUUUUUAGUAUUAUAAAGAAAUAAUUAUUAUCGUUGUUAUAAGAGCCUAAUUAAAUCAUUGACGAGUUUUGUAUGUUAGAGUUAUUGACUUCCGACAUAUAAGUGUUUCUAUUGAAUCUUUAAUGUAUUGGUGAUAAUAUAUUAAUAAGUUAUUAUUAAAUGUAAACUUAAGAUUUCUCUUAAACAAAUUGCAUUAAGUGAAAUGUUGCUCGUUCAAUUCAACAUUAAUCUUGCCUGCCGCCUUAUGUCAAAGUGCUUAAUGAUACAGAAAAUGUAUGAAUUAUUUCAAGACAUAACGGAUAUUGUACUUUUAUACAAAUUGUAAAUCGGUCGAUAUUAUAUACAAUGUGAUUACAGUAAUACAUUCUAUCUUAUAAAUUAAAUAUUUUAAUCGUAUUAUAUUUAUAUUAUUAUGACAAGACUUUUGGGUGUAGACCAAUCUGGCAAACGAUAUAACGUGUAUGAUAAACAUGUGUUAAAUCAAAUGACUGCGGAUGAAAUCGCGGAGCACAGCUAGUUUUAAUAUGAUUAUAAUUAUUAAAUUAAAAUAGGAUAUCUUAGAGUUCUGUGAUAUAAACUUUAUAUUAACAUUGAACAAGAUUUAAUAAAGUCUUAUUAUCUAAGAAAGUAAAAACUGCUUAGAGAAAAUAAAAAACAAAUAUUUUGUUACCAAAUAUAGUUAGCAACUUAUCUAUAUGUUGUUUAGUGAUUAGUUAAACAAUGCUGUCUUCUUCUUUCUAAUGUCAAAUCAAUAAUGACAGAAAGAGAAAUCAGUGUUCAACUAAACAUCCGCUAAGUAACGAGAUAUAAAUGUUUCUAUACAACGUUCAUAAGUAAGCCCAUAUAUUUUUAUAGACCAGAUUUGCAUAUGGACAUUACAAUAAAAUAUUUUAUUUGAAAUUAAGUAGAACUAAUUAAGGAAGUGUAUGUUUAAACGAGCAUUUUAAUAUUAUUAUUAAAUAAAAGUCAAUAUAUUAGUUAUUUUUAUAUCUACAAAAUAGAAGCAUUGUGUAUAUUUUGAUCGCAGUGCUUAUUUUAUUAACAUUCUUCGCGAAAUGAAAUUAUAAAGAACGUAAUAUUAUAACAUGACUCUUAUGUGUUUGUGAUCUUAAAAUUAUACUUAUAUUUACUAUAAAAAACGAAAAUAUCUCUGCCUUUGGUCAAAUCAUUUCUUUCACUAACGGAAGAUUCAGCAUUAUAAAGAUAAUUAGAUUAAUUUGGUACUUAGUAUGCUUUAGCCGCUUCACCUAUCUCUAAAUUUUGUUUAGGGGGUGAUUAUUUAAACAAUGCUUUGUCUUCUUCUUUCGAACAUCAAAUCAAUGGUGACAGAAAGAGAGAAAUUAGUGUUUAAGUAGACAAUAUUUAUAAGUAAGUCCGUUUAUUUUUAUAGAACAGAUAUAAAAAUAAACACAUUUUUUGGAAAAUAAGUACAACAAUAUAUGUUUUCGAACGUAUAAAUGAGCAUCUUUCUGUGCAGUGGCACGCAAUUGUUAGAUAUAAUACUUAUUAAUUAUUAUUAUUAUUAUUAAAUAAAAGUCAAAAUAUUAAUUAUUUUUACAUUUACAACAUAGAAGCAUUGUGUAUAUUUUGAUCGCAGUGCUUAUUUUAUUAACAUUCUUUGCGAAAUGCAAUUAUAAAGAAAGUAAUAUUAUUACACGACUGUUAUUUAUAUGUGGUCUUAAAACUAUGCCUAAUUGCCUAAGGAAAUAUAUUUACUAUAAAGACUAAUGAGUCUCGGCCGUUGAUCAAAUAUUUUCUACAAAAGGAAUGCUCAGCAUUUUAAACAUUUUAUUGUAUUCAUUUUGUAGUUUAUGUAGUUGUAAGUUUAUAAAUAUUUUCAAUUUAAAAAUUAUUAGAAAUAAAUAAUGUGAAUCUAA